AUGGACGUACACGAAGACAAUCAGAAUAACCUGGUGACGGCUACCUUCGAGCUCCCGGGUCUCAAGAAAGAAGACGUCAACAUCGACGUGCAGAACAACCAGCUGAGCGUCUCCGGGGAGACCAAGAUCUCGUCGGAGCGUGACGAGAAUGGAUACGCCGUCCGCGAGCGGCGGUACGGCAAGUUCUCGAGGACGCUCCCGCUUCCUCAGGGUAUCAAGCCCGAGGAGAUCAAGGCAUCGUUGGAGAACGGCGUCUUGACUGUCACCUUCCCUAGGACCGCACCUGAGGCGGCCCCGAAGAAGAUCACUAUCUCAUGA